UACAAUCACCCCAUUGCAAUCAGUGUAAGCAGAAUCUGAAAAGUUUUAGUAUCCUUCCCUGCACUUUUCCUGUCAUCCCUUGCUUUCAAACUUUCUGUAGAAAGACAGGACAGAGCAUGAGUGAUUGUUAUCUGGGCUGGUAGUUUUAAUCAAGAGUCGGCUGCUGUUGGUGCUACAGGUGGAUGCAGUGGUUAAACUCGUUGCCAUGGAUCUUCCAUUUGGAGUUUCUUGGCUUUGCACUCUGUUGUUAUGGGGCUGCAUUAGUUUUCCUUCUCAGAAAGGUUACAAUAUAGCACAUGGCUACUCUCUCAGUGAGAGCCCACAAACCUCAAACCAGUUUCAUUCUGGAGCAUUUUUAAACACAAACCCUGAGGAUGAACCACAGGUUAUGAGGCAACAGAGCUUUGUUUCCCUUCAGAGACAACCAGUCCAUCAUGAAAAUGGAGAGGAUGUUAGCUCAGCUACUAGCCUUGGUGAAGACAUGGUUCAACACAAACCAGACUCAGGACAGGAGCAAGAUGAGUUUUUAGUGGUCACCUCCACUCCUGUGCCGAAAUAUGAGCAUUUGAGUUCUGGUUAUCAACAUCCCUUUGGUCUUUUAGUGAAGGAGCACACACCAAAGAAAACUGUGGAAGGCAUCACUUUCCCAACAAUCAAAGAUUUCAGACGUUUUAUAGAAACUAUGAAGAGCUCCUUCUUAACACCAGGAAGUGACUUGAGUAGACAUUUUCAAACCGCUCGUGAAACAGUUAAAACUGAGUUGACUUCUGGUGCUCAAAAUAUUAAUGGAGAGUCUUCUUCUGGGUCUGCUUAUGUAAAAGGAUCUGCUCAUGAUGACAAUACUAAAAAUGAGAUCUGGAGUGAACCUAUGAAUACAGUGUUUGAACAGAGUGAGCCGGAUGCCAACUACCAAAUGCCAAGUGAAAGCUUCUCUUUCCCUGAUCUUGACGACUCCACUGCAAGUCUAAUUACUUCCAGUGUUUAUGGAGACCAAGACUCUGGCCCCGGCUCUAUUGUCUACCAACAGCAUAAUUUAGCAACCACAGAACAUGUUUCAAGUAAUUCUGGAAGUUUGGCCAAUGGUGGUAUUUCUGGGGAAAACCCAGAUGUUUUCACAAGUGCUGCUAACGUACAAAAUGAAGAUGAACAAGCUACAAGCUACAAGCUCCCUGAACAAAUAGCCUCUGGCUCAUUCUUUGGAGGGGAUUUUUCUUUCAGUAGCCAUGUGACUGCAUCCCCGAUCAACUCCCCAAACAGCCCAUCUCAAGAUAUCAGCUACUAUUCAAGUAAGAUAUCCAGUAUAAAACCUCUAACCCCUGAGAAGAAUAUCCAACAACCAAAGUAUUCAUCUCACAGUGGAGACUCUUUAACAGGUAAUCAAAAACCAUCAGGUGGCUUUGAACCCGGUAAAGAUUUCCAAGGAGAGGCGCUACGCAAAGAGACUGAAGCUGAUGUUCUGUCUCCACAAAAGACCCCAUCUUUGAAUUCAUAUGGUAAAAGUAUAUAUGUCAGUGCACCAAGGGGUCAACUCCACAUCCCAGAUAAUCUACCCAAACGCAGGGAAAGACCAGCCCAGUCAGUUCAGACAUAUCAACCCACUGUUGGCAAGGAAUCAAAGAAUAUAGACUACACUGCAGCCAUCCACCUGCCUGUGACCACUGAUUCUGUUUCUUCAAACUCUGACCUUUCACCUCAGGUAGUUAGCGGUCAUGUGGGUGUUGAAGCAGGUGGUCAACGUGACCCUCAGCAUCAAGCGUUUAGCAGAAAGCAGCCUGUCAAUUCACACCUAGUGUUUAGUGUGAAACCUUCCAGCUCUCUUCAUGACUCAAGCAGACAUGAUGGCUAUCUCAGAAACCAGAGAGUCAGUGUUUCUCAUCCACCCAUCCCCACUGCCCAGGCAAAAGAUGAGGAAAAAUCUGACCUGUCCAAGCAGAAUCUAGUGUCUGCCAUUCAGGAACCAAAAAAUAUGAAUGACAGUACUCUCAUUCCAAAUUCUAGUGGUAUAGAUUCAACCCAGAAUGGUAUCUCAUCUCAGGUCAGUGAUGUUUAUACAAGUUUUAACUCUCAAACUAACUCGGCUCCAACCUCAGAACCAAAGAGAGCCUUUUCAAGAUUAUUUGGCAAUGAAGUCAUGUCCCGGAACUCUGAAAUCAAGAAAAUAAUCUCUGAUAGGUUUCCACAUGGAGCCAGAAACCUUCUGGGCUCAUUUUCUACCCAACAAAGGCAAGGCAUUUCUCUAAAUGAUGGCUUUGUGAGUGCUAUGAGAGCUGGCCUUCUACGGACCUUCAUACAACCGACCAAAGUACAGAAGCAUCCAGACAAGAAUAAAGAGCCCAGCAACAUGACCUACCGUCCCUCUAAACCACUGUUUGCAUCCAAAAUGUCUGGGUCUACUCUUAAUGGUGUCUUUUGGAGGAAUGGUGGCAGCUCAAAAAGGCUUCCUCCUCAAAUGGGCCCCAAUCUAUCACCGCCAUUUGUAACUGCAUACGUUAUGAAGUCCAGAAACGGCUAUGUAAGGGGCAAAGUAUCUCUAUCAAAGACCAGUUAUACACCAUAUCAGCACGUUGAAGGUUGGACUGAUAAAGACCAAUGGAAACCUGUCCCAAGACAACAAAAAGCCCCCGUGUAUCGCACAAUGUAAAACGACGUGAAGAACAGUGGGGUAGAAUCAACACUUUGAGUGAGAGAGAUUAACUGGUCAAAUCGCUGACUGAAAGCAAGUCCUGUUGUAAAUAUGGGCCCUGUCCACAGUCCUACGUGUCAGAGGGGUGGUUGUAGCAGUGCGCUGCUCUGCAUCAGCAACAAACUUGUGCCUCCAAAAAAAUAAUAAAACUGAAAUCAAAAAUGAAUAAUGCCCAAAGCUAAUUUGCAUUCCUGAACUAUCUUGGUGAAUUUUACAAAAUACCAUACAUACACAGAUUUAGCACAAUGCUACUGUUAAAAACAGUGAAUCUGUAAUAGUGAAAGGGUGUAUAUAUGGGUCUAGUAGAGGAAGAGAUAGUUUGCUUAGUGAAAUUUCACAAGAUUAGUUUUAAAUGUACAUGACCUGUAAUGACCACCAUUCUCAAAUUUGAAAAAUUCCGUUUUAAACAAAAAUCUAAGUUGACAAUAUGCGUGUAUUUAUAAAAAAAAAAAAAAAAAAAAUUGAAAAUGAAUUAUGCCUGCAAUUGAUAGCAGUAUUAAGUGCAGGGGACACUGAUACCUAAUUUGAAUGCCCAGGGUUGUUGUUUUUAAGAAGUCAAUUUAAGUAUAAUGCUAAGGUGAAGAAAAUGUAUGUCCAUCCACGGAGAAUUUAAUUAUUCCUAAUAUGUACUUAAAGGGCCGCUUAAAAAUGUGUUAAUGUGAGCAAAUGUACAAUGAUGGGCCAUGUAACCAGAGGGGAACAUGAUGCAAUUGGAAACACUGAUUUUUAAAAACAGGAACAACAACAACAAAAAAUGUUUUCAGUUUAUGUAAUCUUUACAUGCCUUUCCUCUCACUGAAACACAUGUUGGGGUCAGAUGGAAUGUAGCUAUGGGAAAAAUACGGUUUUUAAUCUUCACCCCUCCACAUUUGGUAGCCUGCCGUGGCUUUCAGUCCCGGGACUAAAAGAAAACUUGGGAAAGUGAGCCCCCAUGUGUCCGUCUCUAGGAAAGUCACAGGAAGAGGUGGUCUACCUACCAGUCUACAGCCUGAAGAUUAUCAUGUCCCUGGACGGCCAAAAGAGUGUUUUUCAGAAACUGUAUUGGGUCCCUGGGGCAUGACAGGCUUGACGCUGUCAACAGGGCCUGUUGUCAAAGAAUAUGAAAUAAAGAUAAUGCCUUUUCGGGUCCAAGAAAAAUAAAUAUUUUAGCGGUGAUAGUAGUCAGUUGUCAAAGAAAGUAAAGUGAAUGUGUAUAAACUACUGUAGAGCUGAGGGCUCUGGUUAUCUGUAACGUUACUGUACGGACUCUUUCUACUAAAGAGAACCUACCUUACAUAUUUGCGGCAGACAGUGGUUCAGUUCACACUCUUUCAGAACAGGUUCUGCAUUUGCUACAGCCAUGUCUAGUAUCCAACAAACAAAAAACGUCUGCAAAUUUACAUAUUAAUCGUGUUGAUAGUUUGUCAGAUUUCGCAUGGCACCCCUCUAUUUGGAAACUCAUCGUUGCUAGGUAACAAAGCAAGUAAAACUUAAGUAAUCUUAAGUGUUGGACAACUAAUGGGUUUAAAUGCAGCGUACAAAGUCAACGGUGUGAACAUGGACGCACGUAAUUUUUCAGCCAAUAAAUUGUUUAAGGCAAGUUAAAUGUUUUAAAACACAUUCGAAAUCCAUAUUUCAAAACUAAAGGCUGAGAUUUUGUACACAGCCAGUCACUCAGCGAAAGAUUUGGUCGGCCACUCUGCGCCGCCCAGAGCAACGACCGCGUAACAUUGUUGACAACUGUAGCCUGUCAGCAAACUUCUCCAAUUUUCAGUACAAUGAAGCUGUGGACAUUAGUUUGGCUUGGCUUUGUAGUAGUUUCGGUUGGUUGUCGUCAGUGCUAGCUAACUAAUGAGCCGGGUUAUAUCGCUGGUAAAUCAAAAGAUUUGACUCAUAACGCUUUCAGAGCAUCUGUAACUUGACGUUAGCUAGCUAGCAGAGCUCAGCUACAGACACAGUUAGCAGCAGCAUGGGCGAUGGCAGUGUCACUCCCAGGCUCGGCAACAUGAAGGCAUUGCUUGGAAUAGUUGCCGGAGCUGGAGCUUCCUACGGGAUAUACAAACUUAUCAGCGGGGGAAGCUUCAAGAGAAACAAGAAAAGUGCCACCAGUGAAAGUCCUGGUGUCAGGAGCAGUCAGCCCGGUGAAGUUUCCCUACAGCCGGGCAGCCUGCUGGCCAAAGUGUCUGGACUUGAUGUUGUCUGUCCAAGACCUGCGGAUGUUGCAUCAGGUGGCAUCAUCCACCAGUCCCCCGGCAACCUGGAGCCACAGCACCUGAAAAUGCUGCUGUCAUGUCUGCAGACCAGCAAUAAUCCGUCUGACAGAUGUCGGGUCCUUCUUACGUUAGGAAACGCUGCUGCCUUCACUGUGAAUCAGAAUCUAAUACGGGAAUUUGAGGGGAUUCAUAUCAUUGCUGGUUUCCUCUCUGAUCCUGCGGCAGAGGUUAGAGUGCAGACUCUGAAUGCUUUAAAUAAUCUGUGUAUGAACAUCCACAACCAGGAGCAACUAAAGGUUUAUGUGCCACAAGUGCUGGAACUGAUUGAGAUGUCCCCAGUGAAUUCUGACCUCCAGCUCAGUGCUCUCAGGCUGCUGACAAACCUUUCAGUCACAGACAAACAUCAACACUUGCUGAAAAAAUCAAUUACACUUUUACUGUCUCUACUUGUCGUGAGCACCGAAGCUUUACAGGUGCAGGCUUUGAAAGUCCUCGUGAAUUUGUCUUCUAAUCCAGAUAUGAUGGAUGAUAUUGUUCAAGCUCAGGCUCCCGCUUCUGUUGUGCUGCUGUUUGACGCAAGAACAUCCCCCGCGGUGCUUCUGCGGCUGCUGACGUUUGCAGGGAACUUAAAGGCCUGGAGGCCCUCAGCCCAAGUAGCUGAUGAACUGAGGCGGAAGCAGGAUUGCCUCUUCCGGGUCAUGUUAGAUGAAUCCUCCCAGCUCCACAGCAGACUGGUCCAGCUUCUUUCACACCCUGAUGGGGAGAUUCAGGCCCAGCUGGCUCGUAUCUUGACAUAGACCUCUCUGUCUGCACUCUUGACCCAUGCACAGCUUUUGCUUCCACACACUUUGCCAAAGCCAUCAACCUAUCACCCUUCAAGUUAAAUUAUAAAUCUGGUCGACAUUAACCUUACAAAAGAGCAGGUUGUGUAUCUUCCUGUGGAAAAUCAGCUCACACUCGAACACUCUCUAUUUCUACAGUAUUCCUCAGAUCAAUAUUAUUACCACACAAAACUAAACGAUCUCUUCAAACUCUCCAGCCACCUUUCCCUGAUUUCCAUCUCCUUAAGUAACAAUUAACUGAUUAGCAGUGAGUGAGCAGGAAGCAGGAAGAAACCAUUCAUUGAGUAGAGUAUAAAAACAGGCCACCUUUCCCUGUUUUUUUCCUGCCACCAAGAGUUUUCUUCUCCCUGACACAGACUGUUUUCCUUCAAGAUCCACAGUGUCCUUCCUUCUGAGAACUUAACCUGAAGAUAUUUUCCAGGUGAUAUUUCUGAACCCAAACCCACUGCCAACAGUUUUCUAGAGAAUGCGUCUGUAUGACCUUUGCAGCAUGACCCAGUAUACUACUCCUCUGUGGUUCAGUGAGAGACUUAUUGGGAGAGCUGAAGAGGUUUCUUGCUGCACUCCUUAGCAUGCCUUGGUGACGCCAAUGAAUGGGUGUACUACAGCUCCAGUCCUUGCUAAUGUAUUGGCAUUUUGGAUUUAAAAAUCACAGUCUUAUUCCAAUGAAAGGAAGAUCUUUUUUCUAUGCAUUUAAUUUGAGAAAUUGCAUCAUGAUUUUAGAAGAGCCAAAGUGAGGUUAACCUACAGUGUGGCUGGCCCUAGUUUCUGUGAUUCUGUGACAAGAUGAGGGUUUUGGUGUAUCAGGAAGAUUUUGAGUUGAAACACUGCGUUCCCCGCAUUAAAAAGAGCUAGCUGAGGUACUUUAGGGCACCCAGUACAGAGGCCACAUGAGUAAACUUUGCCUUUGAAGGUACACUAACCACAGCUGCCGGGACGGGUUGUUCUGGGAUGUACUGGUGUCGCUGAAUGUCUCAACUGGCCUACAAACACCUGCAUAUCCUCCAGGGAGGAGCUGGAGGAAGUUGCACGGGAAGAAGGAUGUCUGGACUGCUACGAUUGUUUUACAACUACCACAGCAGUCAGACAGAUGAGCAACUUGAAAAAAUGGAGGAGAGGUUGACCUGGGACAAAGCAGUGAUGGUAAUAGCCACGAUUAUUGUUUGUGAAAAAUGUUGUGUUGUUGAAUGACAACAGUGAUUGAAUGUUAAAUACAAGCCUUGUUAUGUUAUGUUAAGUUAUGCACUUACUGUAGUAAGACAGGCCGUAAGUGACAGGUCCACAUGUUUAGCUGGAGGACUGGAGCUGUGGAACCAUCUGCUCACUUGUGUAGGUACAUACCUCUAUUUUGCAUGAAAAAUUUGAUGAUUAUCUCAGAAAUGAUAUUUAAUGCAAGGAUUUUAUGGCAUGAGCCGGGUACAGGUGUAUAGAAAUGCUGCACAUUUUUGAUGUUUGGACACUGAUUUUAUUUCAUCCUUAUCCUAAAUAUCUCUCAGGCAAUAUGGUUUACCAGAACAGAUACAACAGGAGGCUGAUUUACUUGUGACCUAGAUUAUCAUAUUUAUUUAAUGAAGUUGGUCAGCAUUUUCCCUAAAAAAUGAUAAAUUUGUUUGUGUGUUUGAAUGGUUCAAUAAAUGCCCUGUGACCUCUAAUUAUUGAUAUCAACCUCCUUAUUUCUCACGUUUACUCAAAUAUAUUAAACUAGAAACCUACUCUGAAUUUUUGGAUAACUCUGCUGUUAGCAGAUGAUAGGCUGAACUCUAGGGACCACCUUUUGGCUUUUGUCUUAUUUCGUCUUACUACCGUCUGAAAAACAGCAAGAUUCAGAAGAUCUGUGUCAGUGCAUGACUUAGAGA